UCUUCAGGCCUUUAGCGUCCUUUGUAGGGGUAAUAACAGGGUAGUGGCACGAAAGACCAGCCUUUUGGAGGUCUUCUUUUCCUUAAUAUAUAUUUUUUUGUGCCGAUAUAUAGAAAUAUUGAUUAAGCAGAUUUAUUAACUAGAUUUGAAUACCGGAAAUCCCCAAAAUGAUUCGCUUCAUUCUGAUCCAAAACCGAGCAGGAAAAACCAGACUGGCCAAAUGGUACAUGCAGUUUGAUGAUGAUGAGAAGCAGAAGCUCAUCGAGGAGGUUCAUGCUGUAGUGACUGUCCGAGAUGCCAAACACACCAACUUUGUCGAAUUCAGGAACUUCAAGAUUAUCUACAGACGCUAUGCUGGUCUGUACUUCUGUAUCUGUGUGGAUGUCACGGACAAUAACCUGGCCUACCUGGAGGGCAUUCAUAACUUUGUGGAAGUCUUAAAUGAAUACUUCCACAACGUGUGUGAAUUAGAUUUGGUCUUCAAUUUCUACAAGGUGUACACAGUAGUAGACGAGAUGUUUCUGGCUGGAGAGAUUCGAGAAACGAGCCAGACAAAGGUCCUGAAGCAGCUGCUCAUGCUGCAGUCACUGGAGUAGAGACGUCACUGAAUCACAGCCAUACCGCAGCAGCAGCAGGAGGAGGAGGAGGAUCCUCUGGAACCUGCUGAAAGCCAGUCUAUAUUGUUUUGUGUAUAGAUGUUGUCAAUGAAACGUAUAUAAAACCCAACAUUUCAGCCUCUUAAAGCUGUGCUAUGUAAGAUUUUUAAGAGCGUGAGCGUUUAUAAUGCGGAGAGAGAUGCCGGAAUGCAGUUGAAGAAUGAAAAGCCUGAUAUGAAAUCUUGCACCUGAUUUCUUCAACUGCCUUGUCACCCGUUCAGGUGUUUUAAUAGCAGCUUUUUUUUUCAUUAAGACUUUAUUCAAUGAUCCCAAUCCAUUGUCACUACAGGAGUGUAAAUGACUGAAAUGCGUUAUAACACUUUUAUAUAGUACAAGUUGACGGCUUUUUAGUCUUUUGAAGGAAGGGAUCAAAAUGGCAUUGGCUAUUUUUGUUCCCUUUGCUCACUCGUGGUGCGUUCGGUUUAUAAUUCCAUGGAUUUCAAGAUUGGACAUGCAUUUUUGUGAGGCCUCUGGAGUCAGUAUUGACUCACUCCCACCCCCGGUUGUAUUUUUAUGUUGCAAGGUUAGAAUUUUGCCACACAAGUAUGCAUGACUGAUUUGUCCCUGCAUCUUAACCCAUUAACACUAAACUGCUGAAUAACCAGCAUGAGACAUAAAACCCAUAAUGGAACUGGAAUUUCUGAGAAACUACGAGACAACAAGGAGAAAACCACACUUUCAUUGGAACACCAUUAGUUCUUCUGGGGCUUUUUGUAUCGUGCGUCCAUAUGAGUAUACGUUUGAGUUCAGUCAUACAGUCGGAAACUAACAGCUUCAUUCCAGUAGCCAAACGUCUGUCUGUCUGUCUUUGCUUAGUUACCAGUACUAACAUGCACACAGUCGAGCCCAGACUGUUCAGUAUUAGCCCACUGGCUAUAUGAGCAUCUAAGCCAGCUUGAAGAAGUUGAGCUAUUAGCGGUAAUUGUGGUGUGUUGGCUGAAUGAACAAAAGCAGGCAGUGAUGGGGAGCUUGUUUAGCCAGCAAAGCUGAACAGAGCUAGCAGCACUCACAGGGAAAAAUGCACAACAAAAGACUGCAUCUACUUUUUAUCUUCAAAUUCUGUGGCUCUGCUCCCAACUAGCGCUUCCAUAGCAACAGCUCUAACCAGCCUCGAGCCGCUUCCUUUUUUUUUUUUUGGGUUUUCUGGAUUCUGAUUAAGCUUAGACCUGGACCAUUACAUGCAUAAACUAACCAUUCCUUAGUACUUUGCUUAGCUCUGUACUAGGCUUCAUCAGAAUCCAUGAUUCUGCUACGUUAAUUGUUUAAAGUUUUUCCACAUGUCUUCAUUUUUCUUCUCAAUGUCAUUUUUCAUUGUUCUUUUUUCAUCUGAAAUAAAUAUAUUAUGCACUUGUCCUUGUGAGAUUGCAGAGUGAAGGUAAUGUUUUUAUUCCCUUUGUUCAGAUCAGUAUGUACCCAUAAAAGAGAAAUAAAAAGUAGCAAAAUU